AUGUCUUCUUAGUGGCAGCAGCUGAGGCAAGGCCUGCCCUGGAAGGCCCAGCAGCAGCAGCAGGUGAAGCAGCCCUGUCAGUCACCUGCUAUCAGAUGUCAAGAAACACGUGCACCACAAACCAAGGAUCCAUGUGCUCUGCAGCCCAAGAAACAAUGCCCAUCCAAGGGCACAGCGAUCCUCACCCAGCACAAGUGUCCUGUGGCCCAGCAAGCCCCCAAGAAUAAACAGAAGUAAGGGAAGACUGCCUGCCUGACAUUCAGGCUACCAUAUGGAGCCUUCUCUUCCUCCUGUUCCUCUUCCCUCCAUACCCAAGAGCUGCCUUCCUCUCCCACCACCUCCUGCCGGGGGUCCAGUGAAACAUUGUCAGGAUUUCUUCCCAUUUAGCUUUUCCCACCCUGAUUUUUCUCCCAAGAAAAUAUAAGGAAGCCUUAUCCUUUCCAGCUUCCUGCCUGGCCACAACUAGGGCCCCAUCCAUGCUCCCAAAGCAAGGGAAGCAUCUGAACUUCUUCUGAGGUUCUACUCUGAGUAGUGGGGACUCCAGAAGCUGAGGCGCAGCUUCUGUCUUACUGCUUCCUCCAACUCCCCUACCAUGAACUUUUUUCAUUUACUUCCCCCCUAA